AUGACAGACCUACACACCCGGCCGUUCUCCCACAUCGGAGGCACUUCUGGCCAGCUUCUCGACCGCCUCGCUGUCUCUGAACUCUGCAAGGGCUGGCCGGUCUACCGUGACGCAAGCGAAUGGGCAAACUACCGCUCCCUCUUCACCAAGGAUGCCUACGUCUGGACCACUUGGAGUGGUGCACAGCCAAUCGACGACUUCAUUCGCAUCUCCAUCGCCGGCAAACUGUCCGGCGCAUUCAUCAUGCAUCGCGAAUGCGGCACCCUCGUCGAGUUGAACCCUGAGGCGGACCGCGCCGUGGGCAAGAUGAAGGCCACUAUCACCCAACGCUUCAAGCACCCAGACGGCUACGAGUACGACGUCGACUGCGACUGCCGCUUCCUCUUCUUCUGCGAGAAGGAGACAGGAGGACAAGAAGGUGAUGAUGCUGGGGAAACCGAGGAGAAGGAGAUGAGGAGGGAUUGGAGAGCUGCGUACGUCAAGCUUGUCUAUGAAAAGGACAAGAUUGUUGCCGUGGACGGGAUCAAGGCACCCGUUUUUGCGGACGACGUGUUGGCGAGAUAUCCUGCGGGAUACAAGUACCUUGGAGCUGCGCAGAGUACUUUGGGAUACGAGAUUGAUGUCAAGCUUGUCACGGGAGGGGAUGGGAGAGCUUGCUACAAGAUGUACCAGAGUAUAGAGAGGUGGUUGGAGGGGCCCAUGGUUCUGUUGGCCUUUUCGGGCAGAGUUGAGCGACACCCAUAUUAA